GCAAAAUUGCCAAAAUUACCUCUGCCUUACAGCACCCUACAUGUUUCUUCCAAGUGCUUUGCAGAGGUCUGGGCUGAUGAACGCAGGACCCGAGAAGCCUGUUUGGGCAUUUGCAAUGCUGCUUCUUGGCACCGCCCUACUGGCUUCACCCUUCGGUGGUAAGAUGAUGGCUCAGACUGCUGUGGCCCAAGCAAAGACGGCACCCGCAGGACCAGGACCAUGGUGCAUUAAGGACCUUCUAGACCUGGACGAGCUGUUCUCCAUAGAUAACCUAGAUGUUUGGUUCUACUCCCUUUUGGGAUCGAUUGCCAUCGGACUCAGUGGCAUCUUCCCGCUCUUAGUGAUACCCAUUGAAGCUGGAACAACUUUGAAAACUGAGGCUGGGUGUCAGAAGCUGAAGAAGCUGCUGAGUUUUGCCAUUGGUAGUCUCCUAGGUGACGUGUUUCUCCACCUCCUUCCUGAAGCCUGGGCUUACACUUCCAGUCCUGAUGGGUCCCACAGCCACUAUCAUACGCAAGGUUUGUGGGUGAUAGGGGGUCUGCUGUCCUUUCUGAUUUUGGAAAAGGUGUUCCCUGAUGAAGACAGUGACCCAGAGAGCAAAGCUGCCAGCCAAAGAGCUAAAAACAUUGUGAUUCUGAACCUCAUGGGGGAGCCAAAGGACAUGGUGGAGUAA